CGAUCUCUCGCCUCCUGAAGGCUUCUCACGCGUCCUAUUUCUUGUCAUAUUUUUUUUGAUACCCAUCCACACUGGUUUCUUUCGUCUUGUUUACUCGAAUAUAAACAGUUGUUUUGUUCUAUUACGACUGCUUUACUUCCAGUAGUAUACCAUGUCGGCUUCUCACACUAAUGGCUACCAAGCCAUUCCGGAUAACGAAGCCGUCAACAACAGUGAAUCCGCACCACUGAAUGCCAACAGUCAUUACCAAAAUGCGAAAUGGUUCUUUAUCAAGCGCUAUUUACGGCGCCAUAUUACCAAGAUUAUCCUUGUUCUGCUCGCCAUUGUGUCACUGGUGUUGUUCCUGAUCGCCAUGUUCGUGCCUUCCACCAAACCGUUCCCUUCCAGAGGUAAUACCGUCGAUAUCCCUGUCAAUCCUGGUAUCUCCGAGAGCGCGAUGCAAUCGGGUCUCGCUCACUGCCAGCGCCUUCAAAAGGCGCGCAAAAUCAACGUACCUUCGGAAACCCGCAAAAACCCUCGAGCUGGCAAUGCUCCACCCGUCUUAUUGACUCAUGCCACCGUUUGGGAUGGCGAAGGCAACGUUCAGCAUGAUGUCGAUAUUUUACUGCAGGAUGGUGUCAUCCGUAAUGUGCAACGUGGCCUUAAAGUUACGGAUGCAUCGGUAAAGAUUAUCGAUGUCAAAGGUCACAUUGUUUCUCCAGGAUUGGUUGAUAUGCACAGUCACAUUGGCCUUGCUUCAUGGCCAGCAUUGGAGGCUACGGCAGAUACCAAUGAAAUGACGAUGCCAUUGGUGCCUUUUGUACGAUCCUUAGAUGCAUUUAAUCCUUCCGAUAAAGCCAUUCGCAUUGUUGCUUCGGGCGGUGUCACCACCGUCUUGGUAUUGCCUGGAUCGAGCAACUUGAUGGGUGGUGAAGCAUUCACAUUCAAACUUCGUCCCAUGCCCACCACCAGCAACGAAGAUAUGCUGGUACAAUCCAAGAUUGACGAGGACCAAGAAGCUAAAUGGCGAUGGAUGAAGAUGGCAUGCGGAGAAAAUCCAAAGAGAAACUAUGGCAGACGUGGACAAAUGCCUUCGACACGACUCGGUGAAGCCUACCUUUUCCGACAAAAAUUGGCGGAAGCCCAGCAACUAAUGUUCAAACAAGACGAUUGGUGCAGUGCGGCCGAGAAUCUCGAUGAAGGUCGCCUCGAGACCCGUUUCCCGGAAGAUCUCAGCUUGGAAUCGUUGGUGGCUCUUUUGCGUGGUGAUGUCUUGCUGAACGUUCAUUGCUAUGAAACCCACGAUAUUGAAGCCAUGAUACGCCAUUCUCUCGAAUUCAAUUUCACCAUCAGUGCGUUCCAUCACGCCCUCGAUGCUUACCGUAUUCCUGACAUCCUGAGACGCGCGCGAAACAAUAUCACGAUUGCCACAUUUGCCGACAAGUGGGGUUACAAGAAGGAAGCGUUCCAGGCCACACCGCAUGCUCCAAAGAUAUUGAGAGAUGCCGGUAUUACGGUCGCUUUGAAGAGUGAUCACCCGGUCCUCAAUUCACAGCAUCUCAUUUUUGAAGCGGCUAAAGCCACCCAUUACGGUCUCUCGGCUCAGGAGGCAUUCAAGACCGUCACCUCUGUUCCUGCCAAAGCACUGGGAUUGGGUCACCGUGUCGGUUCACUCAAAGUGGGUUAUGACGCAGACGUCGUCAUUUGGGACCGUGAACCGCUCGAACUCGGCGCUUCCCCCCUUCAAGUCUUUAUUGACGGUGUCCCCUUGUUCGACGAGCGACCUAUUGCUCCCGUGAAAGAAGAAGAUAAGCCAGUUAAAGCCCAGGCCCUUUCCUUUGAUUACGUCAAAGAUCAAGUCCAAGGCGCCAAGAAUUUCCGAUUGACCAACGUUGGACAAGUGAUGCUCCACGAUAAAGUGAUGCAAGGGCCAGUGGAUGUUGUAGUGGAAGAUGGCGCCGUGACAUGUGCUGCCGCAGAUUGCCACCAUGCGAUCGCCACCAUGAAUCAAUUUGGCAAUGCGCUUGAAACCAUUGAUACUCAGGGAGGUUACGUGAUUCCUGGCCUUAUUGCCGUCGGCUCUUCUUUGGGUAUGGUAGAAAUUCCUUCGGAAUCUUCGACGAGCGAUGGUACCGUACGACCCUCAGUUUCCCAUGAUGCCAAAGCGGUAGUGGAAGCUGUGGAUGGUCUGAAACUGGGCACACGUCAUUUGGAAGAAGCAUACAAGGGAGGCGUCCUGACUAGCAUUACCGCCCCGAUCUCUUCCAAUGUGGUCGCUGGCGUCAGUGUUGCUUUCAAGACGGGAGCAGACUCGGUGCUUUCCGAAGGCGCUGUCAUUGCACCAGCGGUGGCUCUUCACUUGCAAAUUGGUGAGCAAUGGAAAUGCGACAGCUUCCCUACCAUUUCAUCGCAAGUGGCGUACAUUCGUCAGAUUCUCACGGAAAACAUCAAAGAGAACAAUUACUAUGGCCAAGCCAGCCGCGGAGACAUUCCUACCGUGAUCAAAGUCAACAAUAAGGAUGAAAUCGCCUCCAUUAUCCGUCUUAAAAAAUCACAUUUCCCCAGCGCUCGAUUUGUAAUUCUUGGUGGUGCCGAAUCCCAUCUUGUGGCUUCUCAUCUUGCUGAAGCCCAAAUUCCCGUGAUUCUUCAACCUGCCUUGUGUACCCCGGAACACUUUGAGUCUAUCCAUUGUUUGACGGGUGCGCCCCUGACCAACGGUACGGCUGCUCACGUACUUCAACGCCACGGUGUCAAGAUCGGUAUCGCGGUGACGGACGACGCGGCAGCACGUAAUCUGGCCUGGGAUGCCGGUUGGUUAUCGGUCACGUCGCCGCAUUCUCCGCUGGCGUUGGGCGACAUCACCGAAGCCGAAGCAGUCCGUUUCGUCACCAGCAACUUGCAAGAAAUCUUUGGACUUCAGUCCUACAACAGUCUUUCCAUGGAUGACAGUUUCGUUGUCUGGUCAGGCAACCCAUUCCAUAUGCACAGUCGUCCCAUGUUGGCCCAUUCAAAGACUGAGGGCAUUCAAGUUUUGUGAUUCCCUACUUCUCGAUUAUCAAUAAACAGAAAGCAUCUAUUAAGCAUGCAUUUUUUUUGCGGAUGUUCCUGACAAAAGCGAACGCUUCCCCUUUUGCGGGUUCUCGAGCCGAGCUGUGACGUUGAUUUCCUUUUAGAGCGAAUCGCGAAUCCAAU